AUGCGUUUUGGUGAGCUAGCUCCCAAAGGCAAAACCGUGCGGGUGAGCGGACCCAAAGUGGACAAUAUUCUACAGCGGGUGGACUGGGCUGUUACAGAUGGUAUCAGAGCCAGUACCCGGACUGGUGUUCCAGCGAGGACGCUGGCUCCCAAAGGCAAAACCGUGCGGGUCAGAGGACCCAAAGCGGACAAUAUUCUACAGUGGGUGGACUGGGCUGUUACAAUCAUCCUACCCAUCUUAGCUUCGUUCACAACCAGUGCCCCCGGUGUUAAACCUCUGACGAUCAAAUCAGUAAAGGGCUAUGGAAAGCUGUAUCAUUUAUUCCUUUAUGAUCCUGACCCUACACGUGUCCCUACUGGACCAUGUUUCGUAACUGCCUUACUAGUUCGACCGUUAGUCUAUAAAAGUGUCACCGCAGGUCGGCCUUUCCAUAAAAGAUCCCCCUAUUAUACUGCACCGAGCCUUUAUUACGCCGAGCUACAAUUACGACGAGCUAUUGCCAUAUCAAGCUACUAUUAUGACGAGCUCUCAACAUCUCUCAAUAUGUCGAGCUACUACAAUGGCGAGCUCUUACCACUCCCCAGCUCCACCACUAAUCGAGCUAAUACUAAGUCUAGCUACUCAGAUGUGAGGCUUUGCCAUACUAUAAUGCUGUCAACUGGGUCACUUGAGGUCCGAGCUGUUAAUCAGGCUAAGUUGUCUUCCCAAUCCGUCAUUCUAGUUAAUCCUGUUAAAUUGGAUGUUAAAAUAUCAAGAUUCCACCACCGUUUAGCUGUUGGAGGUGAUAAUAUCCCAACAGAACCCACCGAGAAAGACUCUAAACCAGUCCAAGGAUCAAAUUCUAAUGAUGGGCCCUCAUCAAAUGUUGCACCCAACAUAAAAGAGAACAGACUGCUGCAAAACUAUGUGGCUUCACAGUCAUCCAAUGGGCCCGUAUAUCCUGAUCCGGGCCCGUCCGCACCCAACUCGGGCCUGACCCCAAAACGGGCCCCACUAACAGCGAGAGAGAGGCUGAGGGCUGCUAGGGUGCUAAACCGUUAUAACGACUCGAAGCCGAUUAAGACAGGACUCGGAAGCAAUUUAUUAGAGGCUUUGAGAGACAGCGAUAAUGAGGGGAAUAGAAAGCGGUCGGGCCUUCCGGAAGCACCUACAAAUUUGUUUGACGACAGCAAGAGAGGUCUACCCAAGGAGGGGUGGACGAUCAAUCUCCCAGGAGUUGGGGCCAUACAUUUUAAUGAGUAUUAG